AUGGUCAACUCCUGUUGUGGCUCCGUCUGCUCUGACCAGGGCUGUGGCCAAGGCUGCUGCCAGGAGACCUGCUGCCGCCCCAGCUGCUGCCAGACCACCUGCUGCAGGACCACCUGCUGCCGCCCCAGCUGCUGUGUGUCCAGCUGCUGCCGCCCCAGCUGCUGUGGUUCCUGCUGCUGCAGGCCCACCUGCUGCAUCUCCAGCUGCUGCCGCCCCACCUGCUGCAGGCCCACCUGCUGCAUCUCCAGCUGCUGCCAGCCCUGCUGCCGCCCCACCUGCUGCAGGCCCACAUGCUGCAUCUCCAGCUGCUGCCAGCCCUGCUGCCGCCCCAGCUGCUGUGGCUCCAGCUGCUGCCAGACAUGCUGCCGCCCCACCUGCUGCAUUUCUAGUUGCUGCCGCCCCUCCUGCUGUGGCUCCAGCUGCUGCAGGCCCACCUGCUGCAUCUCCAGCUGCUGCCGCCCCUCCUGCUGCCAGACCACCUGCUGCCGCCCAACCUGCUGCCGCCCCAGCUGCUGCCAGACCACCUGCUGCAGGACCACCUGCUGCCGCCCCAGCUGCUGUGUGUCCAGCUGCUGCCGCCCCAGCUGCUGUGUGUCCACCUGCUGCCGCCCCAGCUGCUGCAUCUCUAGCUGCUGUCGCCCCAGCUGCUGCCAGACCACCUGUUGCAGGCCCAGCUGCUGUGGCUCCAGCUGCUGCCAGCCCUGCUACCGCCCCACCUGCUGCAGGCCCACGUGCUGCAUCUCCAGCUGCUGCCAGCCCUGCUGCCGCCCCAGCUGCUGUGGCUCCAGCUGCUGCCAGACAUGCUGCCGCCCCACCUGCUGCAUUUCUAGUUGCUGCCGCCCCUCCUGCUGUGGCUCCAGCUGCUGCCGCCCCUCCUGCUGCAUCUCCAGCUGCUGCCGCCCCUCCUGCUGCCAGACCACCUGCUGCCGCCCAACCUGCUGCCGCCCCAGCUGCUGCCAGACCACCUGCUGCAGGACCACCUGCUGCCGCCCCAGCUGCUGUGUGUCCAGCUGCUGCUGCCCCAGCUGCUGUGGUUCCUGCUGCUGCAGGCCCACCUGCUGCAUCUCCAGCUGCUGCCGCCCCACCUGCUGCAGGCCCACCUGCUGCAUCUCCAGCUGCUGCCAGCCCUGCUGCCACCCCACCUGCUGCAGGCCCACGUGCUGCAUCUCCAGCUGCUGCCAGCCCUGCUGCCGCCCCAGCUGCUGUGGCUCCAGCUGCUGCCAGACAUGCUGCCGCCCCACCUGCUGCAUUUCUAGUUGCUGCCGCCCCUCCUGCUGUGGCUCCAGCUGCUGCCGCCCCUCCUGCUGCAUCUCCAGCUGCUGCCGCCCCUCCUGCUGCCAGACCACCUGCUGCCGCCCAGUCUGCUCUAGUGGUUCUUGCUGCUGA